UCUCUUUCAGUACCGAGCUCCCCACAGAAGUCCGUCAAAGUAAAUCGUUUUGUUCGUUUUCUAAUCGCCUGCAUCCGAGAUGAGAAACAAUUAGACUGGGUUCCGUCUUGUUUGACUGCGUUUCCCCCCCUCAAACUGGAAGCUUACAGUCACCGAUCGUAUCUACCAUUCAGUGGACAGUCAUUAUCAUUCAAUAAACCACCCUUUAGCGACAUCAAGGAUACUGAAGGCCCUUCAAAAGCCUAA